CCUUUACGGUACUGGAAUAUUAGUACAAUACUAUCCCGGGGCUCAUAUAAUCCCCCUUUGUCGCUUCAAUCUUCGGAACCCUUCCGAAAGGGAAGCAAGCUCCUCCGCUGGAACCACAUCUCGUUGACGCUUAUUUUUACCGUCUCCCGCUAUUUCAGUUCGCAUCCUUCCCUUCUACCUGUGCUACCAUAGUGUCAUACAUCACCACCCAAUACGGGCGGGGCACCCCAGCGAGUACCCAGUCAAUUCUAAGCUCCAUUAUUGCCCUAAGGUACCACCCCACGCCCCGCAAAACACUUGAGCACGGUGCGAGCACUUAAAGUACUAUCAUAAUAUUAUUAUCAUCUAUCCCUCCCACCCUACUGCCCCCGUGCCCAUAAUUUCUCGCCCUUCCCUUCUUACUCUAUUUCUCCCCACCUCUCCAAUACCCGGCUGCUACUUUAAAACACCGAUCCCCAACUAAAUCCAACCAUAAUAUUAUUACCGUAGCUAGCCUUUUUAGGCCCCAUCAUUGAUCGUCACUCUCCUCGACAAAACUUCCUUCCUUCCUUACAAUGGGGAAUUUGGGUCGUCAGACCUGGGCGUUGUGGAAGAAGAAUGUCCGCAUAGUACUUCUGCGACAUCCACUCGCCACAAUCUUUCGUUCUGUCGUGUUGCCCAUCUUUUUCAUUGGUUUCAUCUCGUAUGCGAGGAACUUGUUUGUUCCACCGGCAACCUAUGGUGUCGGCACACCAGCACAUGUCAAGGAUCUCCAGAGGGAGUUACUUGCACACUCGGAUAAGAAAUUGGCUUUUGUUCACAACAAUCUUGGAUCGGAGGUGAGGGACUUGAUUGAUGGGAUUGCGAGUCCCUUGAUAGCGGCGGGCAUACAGGUGGCUAUAUUGGAGAAGAAUGAGGAUUUGCGGAUCGAGUGCAAGCAGACUUUAAGGGGGAGUUCGCCUUGCUUUUCCGCCGCCGUUUUCGACGAUAGUCCUGCUAGCUCGGAUAAUGGUGUUUGGAAUUACACACUUAGGGGUGAUAGUUCUUUAGAUGGUAACAAAAUCAAUGUUAAGGAUCAUGACAACGAUGUUCAGACGUUCUUGAUGCCCUUGCAGUAUGCUAUCGAUAGGGCUAUUGCCGGCCGGGCUCGUCAGGGAAGUGGGGAUGUUGUGGUCGAUGAAUACAUGUAUACCUCUUUGUCACAAAAGGAGCGUGAGGAUAAGAUCCGUAGAGACUACAUGACUGGUAUCACCCAAUAUAUUGGUGUCGCUGUCUUCCUUGGCCAUGUGGGUAUAAUAUACCAUCAAACUGGUUUCCAAGCUCUGGAGCGCGAACGUGGAAUAUCCGCCCUUCUCGAGUCCAUGGGCGUUUCCAAAUCUGCGAGGAUCUUGGCUUAUUUUCUCUCAUUCUCCUGGGUGUACUCUGGCGGAUGGGUCGUUAUGGGUCUUACGAUGGCUCGAGGAGUCUUCGCUACUACGAACGCUGGUAUCAUUUUAGUCUGGUUCAUUCUAACUGGGCUCUCCUGCGCCUCGUUCUCCAUCUUUGCGUCUUCGUUCUUCAAGAGGACACAACUCUCAGGAAUAUCUACUACCUUAAUUAGCAUUGUUUUAGGCAUUGGCGCCCAAGUGUGCCACGGAUCUUCUUCUGGCGCUAUCGCCAUUCUUAGUUUGAUUUGCCCUUCAUCCAACUUUGUCCUGAUGGCUGUCAUUCUUGGUCGCUUCGAGAAGAAAGGUCAAGCUGCUUCGCUCACCAAGUCCCCGCCUGACCAAGCUUCGACUAUUCCAGCUAUUGUUUUGUUUGUUUUCCUCAUUAUUCAGAUCAUUGGGUUCGCCAUCGGUGCUGCUUACGUUGAGAAAUGGCUUUACGGGACCGAAUCUCCUGGACACAGGAGUUCUAAUCCAGCUUUGAUCGCCCCCGAAAACGCUGUCGAGAUUCGAGCUUUUACUAAGAGGUAUAAGCCGAGUAUUUUGGGUAACUUGCUUGCGGCUGGAAAGAAAGAGACUGUUACAGCUGUGAACAAACUUGAUCUCGAUAUCCGCCAGGGACAGGUCCUUGUCCUUCUCGGCGCUAAUGGAUCCGGAAAGACGACAACCCUCGAGGCCAUCGCCGGACUGGCCACUGUCGACGAAGGAGAAAUCCGAAUCAAUACGGGAAAAAAGGGCGGUAUAGGAGUCUGUCCCCAGAAGAACGUGUUCUGGGAUGAGUUGACGGUUGAGGAGCACGUCGGGAUCUGGAACAAACUAAAGUGUGAGGGAGACAGCAAGGAAAUUCUCCAUCAGCUUCUCCGCGACUGCGAUCUAUUGGUAAAGAAAAAGGCCAAGUCCAGCACUCUCUCCGGUGGACAAAAGCGGAAACUUCAACUUGCAAUCAUGUUUACCGGUGGUAGCAAUGUCUGCGCCAUUGAUGAGGUUUCAAGUGGAUUGGACCCCCUUAGCCGACGUAAGAUCUGGGAUAUCAUCCUCGCCGCCAGAGGAGAACGCACCAUCAUCCUAACCACUCACUUCUUGGACGAGGCUGACCUGCUGGCCGACCAUAUCGCAAUAUUGUCCAAAGGUACACUCAAGUGUGAGGGAUCUGCUGUAGCAUUAAAGGCCAAAAUGGGUGGCGGUUAUAGAGUUCAUGUCCCGCGUUAUUUUCCCGAAGUCUCGGGCGUUUCAGCCAAGCGACUUUAUGAUCAGACCGUUUACAAUAUUCCUGAUUCUACAUCGGCUGGCGAAUUGGUUGAUAAGCUCGAAACACGUGGAGUCGAUGAGUACCAUGUAUCGGGGCCAACCAUCGAAGAUGUAUUCCUCAAGGUCGCCGAGGAGACGGCGGAUAUUCAAGAUCAGCAACUCAGGCAAUCGCCGAGCACCGAGGCAGCAGAGAAAGAAUCCGAGGAUGUUAAUCUUUAUGCCGGCGAGAGGCUUGGGAUAUUCAAACAGACUUGGGUCAUGUUCCGAAAGCGUCUCGUCAUCUUCAAAAGGAACUAUUUCCCGAUUGUCGCGGCUAUCGCCAUUCCCAUUCUCGCUGCCGGCUUGACCAUGAUCUUCUUGAAGGACUACGAUAAGGCUUCGUGCUCCAAUGCAGACCAGACCAGCACCGCCGAUGUGGAACGGCUAACUUUCAACACCAAAUUCAACGUUACACUUGGGCCCCGGAGCAACUUUCCGGCCCAGGUUCUGGAAACCCUGGCCUCCACUAUACUUCCUGCGGAUAUUGGCGGCACGCAAAACGAGACCCUGAUGCGGAGCUUUAACGACUCGUUGCACUUUGUGGACUCCCUCGAUGAUUUCGAACGUAACAUUAAAAUCAACUAUCACAAUGUCACCCCCGGUGCAAUCUACCUAGGAGGGAGAGAUCCUUCAACAAAUGCCACAAUUGCCUUCAAGGGUAAUCGUAAUGUUAGGAAUGCGCUCAUCGCUCAGAAUAUGGUGGAUAACCUUCUUCUUGGCCAGAGGAUUGUCACGCGAUACGCCGAGUUCGACUUCUUUUGGUCCGAUGGACAGGGCCUUACAUUGCAGUUUGUUGUUUAUAUGGGACUUGCUCUGUCCGCUUUCCCGGCCUUCUUUGCACUCUACCCUACCGUCGAACGUAUCCGCAAUGUUCGUGCUUUGCAUUACUCUAAUGGUGUCAGGGCCCUCCCGUUGUGGCUUGCUUAUACUGCGUUUGACUUUGUCGCUGUAUUGAUCAUUAGUGUUAUCUGCACAAUUAUUUAUGUUGCGAGCACGAACGAUGUAUGGUUCCAUAUUGGAUACUUGUUCCUUGUACUCUUGCUGUACGGGCUCGCGUCAGUCUUGCUGGCUUAUAACGUCUCUCUCAUGGCUAAGGGUCAGUUGAGCGCUUUCGCGAUCGUUGCUGGUGUUCAAGCCGUGAUGUUCCUACUCUACUUUAUCGCCUUCACGUCGGUGCUCACUUACGCCCCUGCAUCGGAGAUGGAUGACCAAAUCAAUAUUGUUCACUUUGCGUUCUCAGUGCCUCUGCCGAUUGGUAGUUUGGCUCGUGCUCUAUUUCUGGCACUGAAUAUCUUCUCUAUCUCCUGUCGCGGCGAGGAAUGGGCCACGAACCCCGGAGAAAUUACUCUAUAUGGAGGUCCAAUUCUCUAUCUCAUUAUGCAGUCGAUCUGUUAUUUCCUUCUUCUUCUCUGGUGGGAUAGCGGUCGCUUCCGCCUUGCGCUGCCGUGGAGAAGAGUGAGCACCGUCAAUUCCGAUAGCGAACCCGACGUUGGAGCAGCUGGUGCCGAGAAGCAACAUAUCAAUGAUGAAAUCACCAGAGUGACCUCCUCAAACGAUGGCCUUCGUGUAGUCGGCAUUACCAAAUCCUUCUCACGCAAGUUGGUUGCUGUAGAGAGCGUUACUUUCGGAGUUGCUCGCGGUGAGGUUUUCGCCCUUCUCGGACCCAAUGGUGCUGGUAAAACCACGACAAUCAACAUGAUUCGUGGUGACAUGGCUCCUGACAGUGGAGAAGUCUUUGUGGAAAACAUUCCUGUUACCAGACGUCGCGCGGAGGCAAGAUCUCACCUCGGUGUCUGCCCGCAAUUCGAUGCGAUGGACCGUAUGACGGUUGCCGAGCACCUCCGUUUCUACGCCCAAAUUCGUGGUGUCAAGGACGUGGAGCACAAUGUUUCCCAGGUCAUCCGCGCCGUCGGUCUCGAGGCUUUCCAAACCCGCAUGGGCGAGAAGCUCUCCGGUGGUAACAAGCGUAAGCUCUCCCUCGGCAUUGCCCUUAUGGGAAAUCCAACAGUCCUCCUCCUCGAUGAACCUUCUUCGGGCAUGGAUGCAGCAGCGAAACGUACCAUGUGGAAGACCCUCGCCGGCAUUCAAAAGGGUAGAAGUCUUGUCCUGACGACCCAUUCAAUGGAGGAAGCUGAUGCCCUUGCCUCACGUGCUGGUAUCCUCGCGAAGAAAAUGCUUGCAGUCGGAACCAGCGAUGACCUCCGGAAGCGCUGGGGCGACGGGUACUACAUCCACCUUGUCCUUAAGUCUGCACCCGCAAGUACAGAGGCGGAAAUGCACAAUGUGAAGGAUUGGGUCCUGCGUAGGUUCCGUGGCGCUGUUGUUGAGCAGCGGAGUUUUCAUGGACAGGUUCGCUACUCAAUACCAAUCUGGCGUGGGGAGGAUGAAAACGAGAGUGAUAUUACACCCACUGGAGCCUCGCGGCGCGCCGGUACUGGUGUCAAUAGGGCCUUGGGAUUGGAAUACUAUUCUGUUUCGCAGACUACGCUUGAUCAAGUCUUCCUAACCAUCGCCGGAAGCGCCAACGUAGCCGAGGAAGGAUACGAGGCCAAUAAGAAGAAGAAGUGGUUUAGAUUUUGGAAUAAAUCUUGA